AUGGGUUGCCCAGAGGUGAUGGUGAACUCUCUAAAGAAUAAACCUGCAGGGAAGCGCAGUGCAGCUUUUGGUGUCAAAAAGGCUAAAAGAGCAGAAGUGAAUUUCUGCCCAACAUACCCAUCAGCAGAAACUGAGGAAAGCCUGGAGGCCAUGCAGAAAUCUCUGCUUUCAGAGAUAAAGAAGAAGAACAAUCGAGAGAUAGUGAAACUCAAGAUGGAAAAGACCUUUGCCCUCCGAAGACACGAGGUUGUCCGUGAUGUACCGAUGGUAGAAGAUUUUAUGGCAAGGUGGCCUGCUCUCUUUGAUGUCAUUGAGAUCAACGCUGAAUUCAAAAGAAUCACCACCGUCCCACUACAGUCCAAGUUUAUGUCUCAGCUGGACAUCUACUCGGAGAACCUUUCAAGGCUGUUUCAAAAAAGAGGAGGUCAAGUAGGACAAAGGCUCAAAGCAGUAAUUGUAAAAAUGAGCGACGAUGUAGAUGCCAGCCGUGAGUGCAUUAUUAAAGGAGUCUGCAUCUACAUGGGUGAAGAUCCAGAAAACCUGCUCCAGGAAUAUGUGGGCAUGGAUGAAGAGUCACUGAAUGACGCCAUUGAAGACACUACAGUAGGGAUAUAUAUCCAGAAAGAAGCUUCAAGUGCUGAGGCAGAGGACAUUGGAAUUGUCCUUGAAGGUAUCAAGGUGUUGCAGGAUCUGGACAAUGUGGCAUUGGCUGUGGCCAUGCUAUUUGGCCUCAUGUAUGCGCUCAACCUGAGCUAUCCUCCAAACCUCCGCUACACCUUUGAGGUAAUCCAAAAAAUUAUAAUGGAACUCAAUGGAGAUAAACUUUCUAGCAAGGUGAUGAACGUGGCUCGGAUCCAUGACAAACAGAAGCUGAAGUCCUUCUGGGAGCAGAGGAUCGUUCAGCAUGGCGAGCAGAUGGAGGAGGAGGCGCAGCGCAUGAGGAGCAGCGCUCUGGCAAGGUCAGCAAACACUCAGAUCCGGGCCGCCAUAGACCACGUCUCACACGAAGAGUAG